AUGAGGUUGGAUGGGAUUAAGUUUCCGGAUUCAGUUGAUUAUAGGUUGACUGAGGGUGUCAGUAUUGAUGAGUGUGGGAAACAAUGCUUGAGCAACUGUAAUUGUACGGCUUAUGCUGAUCCGUAUUCGGAUAGUGAGAGCAAUUGCUUGAUGUGGUUCGGGGAUUUGAUAGACUUGCGCGAGGAGGGUGGCCAGGGAGAUGGACAAGGGCCGACUAUCUACAUUCGCAUGCCAGCUUCAGAACUCGAACAUAAGACAUAUUCCCCCAAAGGGCCGGCAAAGGGGAAGCUAAAGCUUAUAUCUGUUGUUGCUGCUUCCGUGUUUGGAGUCGUGAUAUUGGCUUUACUAAUAAUGGCGCGGCGCAAGCGCAACAAAGAAGCUUCUAAGAAGGUGGAGGAAACAGAGUUACCUUUAUUCAAUUUGGCAACCAUUGUAGCAGCCACGAACAACUUCUCACAGGAGAAUCUCAUUGGAGAAGGGGGGUUCGGUCCUGUUUACAAGGGGCGCCUAUCGACAGGAGAAGUAUUUGCAGUGAAAAGAAUGUUGAGAACAUCGAGACAAGGCCAUGAGGAGUUCAAAAGCGAAGUGUUCUUGAUUUCAAAACUGCAACACAGGAAUCUUGUUAGAAUUCUGGGAUGCUGCAGUGAAGGAGACGAAAACAUCCUAAUCUACGAGUAUAUGCACAACAAGAGCUUGGACUAUUUCAUUUUCGAUCAUAGCAGAAGUGCAGCAUUGACCUGGCCGAAGCGCUUCGCCAUUAUUAUGGGGAUAGCGAAAGGCCUUCUCUACCUCCACCAUGACUCGAGGCUCAAAAUCAUCCACAGGGACCUGAAAACAAGCAAUAUCUUGCUAGACGAGAAUCUGAACGCGAAGAUUUCAGAUUUUGGGUUAGCAAGAAUGUUUGAAGGGGAUGAUGAUCAGAUCAUGGCAAGAACAGAGACAGUCAUUGGAACAUAUGGUUAUAUGGCUCCUGAGUAUGCAUACCAAGGAAAAUUCUCCACCAAGUCAGACAUAUUUAGCCUGGGUGUAGUGAUAUUGGAGAUUGUGACUGGAAAGCAGAACAGAAGCUACAACCAUCCUUCUUGCCUUCAAAACCUAUUAGAACAGGCAUGGGUUCUUUGUAAGGAAAACAGAGAGUUGGAGUUGUUGGAUCCAAUCUGUAACAACGACACUUGUUCGCGUGUGAAAUCACAAGCAAAGAGAUGCAUUCGGGUCGGGUUGUUGUGCGUGCAGAAUGCGGCCGAGGAAAGGCCUGUGAUGCCCUCGGUGUUUCUCAUGCUGAGCAGUGAGGACGCGGAGUUGCCUGAGCCGAAGAAGCCCGGGUUUUACAUGCAAAGUGGUUCCAGUAUUUCGCACAGCGAUACUUCAAUGAACAAGGAUUGUAGUUGCAGUGUGAUUACUAUAACUGAUAUAGAAGCAAGGUAGAUAUAUGCCAUUUCAUAAAUUCUUCCAGGUUCAUUAGAGAUUUUAGUACUCAAUUUCAGGAAUAUUUAGGGGAGCACUAGGGCGCAUCCUUAGUUAGAGC